AUGGUGCACCGCAUUGCCUUCUGGAGCACCUUCGGCUUGGCCGUGCGCUUCUGGCAGGUCGGCAUCGAGAUGCGGCCUUUCUUCAACAAGGGAUCCCUCUGGGUGUACCCCGUCUACGCGGCCGGCGGCGCCAGCUUCGGGUACUGGCUGCAGGGCGUCGACGACAAGCAGACGGCGCUGCUGGAGGAGCGCAAGGACAAGCUCCUGGAGAAGAGGGCGAGGAAGGCCGCGAGGGACGCUGAGGCUCUGGCCUAG